AUGCCGAAGCCUACCACCAAUUGGGAGAAAAUCGGUGACAAGUUCUACCGACGCAUCCAGCUGUACGACUCCGUCUUCGACCCGGAUUUGGAACUUGAGAACUACACCGUCACUGGCGCUCCCUACAGUGGUGCUGUAGCCCUGCGACGAGAUGACAGCAAGAUCUACUCCUACCGCGGCACUCAAGCGGCCAAGUCGACGAUAGACAUCUACAGUUGCGCCGGCAAGCUCCUCCGGCAGAUCUCCUGGGAUAGAGGCAAUGUAAAAUGCAUAGGCUGGUCAGAAGAUGAGAGGCUACUGCUCGUGACCGAAGAUGGCACGGUGCGCAUGUACACGGAUCUACAGGGCGACUCUACUCCAUUCACGCUCGGGCAUGGCGCUGAAGAGCAUGGGGUGAAAGACUGCAGGUUUUGGUCGAAUGGAUUCGUGGCGCUUCUGGGCAACAACAGUGUGGUGGCAGUCACACGAUAUGAUGAACCGCGACCGCAGCUUCUUGCAUCUGCGCCUCCGGGGGAGGUGGCUUCGUGGGCAGUCAUUGCUCCAGAACACACAUCCUCGCGGGCAGUUGAGGUGCUACUGGCUAUCGACAGUAGUGUCUACGUUGUGGAUGCUGUCGAGUGCGAAGAUCGCGGCCUCGAAGCGGGACCUUUCCGACACCUUUGUGUUUCGCCGAACGGCAAGUUCAUUGCCUUAUAUACCGAUGAUGGCAAGGUCUGGGUCAUCAGCAGCGAUUUUCAAGACCCACUGAGCGAGUAUCAAUCCAAGGUGAAGACUCCUCCCAAGGACCUCCAAUGGUGCGGAAACAAUGCUGUUGUGUUGGCGUGGGAAGAUGAACUCCACCUCGUGGGACCGAACGGAGCUUUUGAAAGAUUCGACGACUACGCCUCGUUUCUGCAUCUUCUUCCGGAUAUCGAUGGCAUUCGAGUGCUUACGAACGAUAAGUGCGAGUUCCUCCAGAAGGUGCCAGAGUCUGUCGAGGAGGUCUUUCGCAUCGGUUCUGAGACACCAUCUGCAGUACUCCUAGAUGCGAUCGAUCAGCUGGAAAACAAGUCGCCCAAAGCGGACGACAAUAUCCAACUCAUUCGAUCAAAACUUGACGAAGCUGUGGACGGAUGUGUUCGAGCCGCUGGGCAAGAAUACAGCAUCCAUUGGCAGAAGCAAUUGCUCAAAGCGGCUUCAUUCGGCAAGUCAGUGCUGGAUUUGUACAGCAGCGACGAUUUCGUGGAGAUGACCGAAGCUCUGCGAGUCCUGAAUGCUGUUCGCUUCUUCGAGAUCGGCCUGCCGUUAUCCUACGAUCAGUACUUUCAACUAACGCCUGAGAGGCUCAUACAACGACUGGUGAACCGGCAAGAGUAUCUUCUAGCGUUGAAGAUAUCCGAGUAUUUGCACCUACCGGUCGACCGGAUCUACGUCCAUUGGGCACGACAAAAGGUGCGAAGCUCGGACGCUGACCAAGACAACAUCUGCGAAGAAAUCAUUCGAAAGCUCAAUGGCAAGCGAGGCAUAUCUUUCGAGGAGGUCGCCCGUGCGGCCUACGACGAUGGCAGAGAUACACUCGCUACGAAGCUGCUGGAGCAUGAGCCACGGGCGGGAAAGCAAGUACCUUUGCUAAUGAGUAAUGGAGAAGAGUCAAUCGCGCUCGACAAGGCUAUCGAAAGCGGUGACACGGAUCUGGUGUUUUACGUCUUGCUAAAUAUGAAGAAGAACAUGCCCUUGUCCAGCUUUUUCAGGACGAUCAACAGCCGGCCGAUCGCAACAGCCAUCGUCGAGUCUUCAGCCAAGGAUCAGGAUCAGGAACUUCUCAAAGACCUUUACUACCAGGACGACAGAAGACUUGAUGGAGCCAACCUCCUCAUAUCAGAAGCCCUCGAUUCAAGCGACAUUGGGCCUGCCACCGACAAGCUCAAGAUGGCCGCGAAGCUGCUGCGUGACAGCAAGGAGUAUGCGCAUCAAGUCGCCGCAAUCGACGAUGCACAGAGGCUGUUGCGUUUCCAGGAGGUCUUCGAGAAGGAGCUCAACGAUCGAUACGUAGGACUUUCUGUGAACGAGACGCUGAGCAAGCUGAUUAAGAACGGUAAUAUGAAGCGGUCUCAGAAAGUACAGAGCGAGUUCAAAGUCAGCGAGAAGACGUACUGGUGGAUCAGACUACGGGCAUUCGUGAGUAGGAGAGACUGGAAAGAAUUGGAAGAGAUAUCGAAGGGAAGGAGGAGCCCCAUCGGGUGGGAGCCUUUCUUCAACGAGAUUCUGGGAGCUGGGAAUCCCAAGGUCGCAUCUGUGUUCAUCCCUAAAUGCACCAAUCUCACCCCUCCCGAGCGGAUUGAGAUGUGGGUGAAGUGUGGGAUGGUGAUCAAAGCAGGCGAAGAAGCUCUAAAAGCGAAGGACCGCGCAGCACUGGAAGAGUUGAGGACGAAAGCGACUGGUAAUGGCAUGCUGGAGAUUGAUAGAAUGAUUGCACAGCUGCAGAAGGGACGAUAG